UUUUUUUUUUUUUUUUAAACAAAGGUAUGAGGGUGCUGGUAGAUGCUCGAGAGAAGCUUCAUAUUCCUUGGGGAGAUAAUGAAAACCAGCUACAUGGAGACAAGUUGAUGGCGUUUGACACCCGGGCCCCCUUGGCUGCCCAGGGAAUGGUGGAAACACGGGUCUUUUUACAAUAUCUUCCUGCUAUAAGAGCCUUAUGGGCAGACAAUGGUAUACAAAAUGCCUAUGACCGGCGACGAGAAUUCCAACUGGGUGAAUCUGUAAAAUAUUUCCUGGAUAACUUGGAUAAACUUGGAGAACCAGAUUACAUUCCAUCACAACAAGAUAUUCUUCUUGCCAGAAGACCCACCAAAGGCAUUCAUGAGUACGACUUUGAAAUUAAAAAUGUUCCUUUCAAAAUGGUUGAUGUAGGUGGUCAAAGAUCAGAAAGGAAACGUUGGUUUGAAUGCUUUGACAGUGUGACGUCAAUACUUUUUCUUGUUUCCUCAAGUGAAUUUGACCAGGUGCUUAUGGAAGAUCGACUGACCAAUCGCCUUACAGAAUCUCUGAACAUUUUUGAAACUAUCGUCAAUAACCGGGUUUUCAGCAAUGUCUCCAUAAUUCUUUUCUUAAACAAGACAGACUUGCUUGAGGAGAAGGUGCAAAUUGUGAGCAUCAAAGACUACUUCCUAGAAUUUGAAGGGGAUCCACACUGCUUAAGAGACGUCCAAAAAUUCCUGGUGGAAUGUUUCCGGAACAAACGCCGGGACCAGCAGCAGAAGCCCUUAUACCACCACUUCACCACUGCUAUCAACACGGAGAAUAUCCGCCUCGUUUUCCGCGACGUGAAGGACACCAUUCUUCACGACAACCUCAAGCAGCUUAUGCUACAGUGAUGUACAAAGACUUGCUAUUUUAAUACCUUUUUGUGUUUUUGAUUGUUUUCUGUUUGUCUUGUCUUGUUUUUUAAAAUAGCAGUUUACAACAAGAAUUAGAAAAGUCUUGAUUCUGUGUUUAACUUUUUGGAAAUCUAAGUCCUGCGGCCUUUGGUUUGUGGCUGGACGCUGCUGAGUAACACAUUGCCAAUACCCGCUGGAAUUCAGGCUUGGAUUGGUCUCGCCGCGGCUCCCGCUCACGUCCAGUUGUCAUUUUCUAGCCAACCUCAGGCUUCAAAUUCUUCCACCUUUCAAAAAGAGUUCUCUGUGGUGCCAAGUGUAGACGGCAUCCUUGAGUGCAUGUAGGAAUGCCUUUAGGAAUUUCGGCUCUCGUGCAGAGAAGAAAUCUUCAGUCUGCCUUACACAGAGCAGGACACGCGCUGCCCAGCCUACCACUUCCUAUUGUGAAAGCACUGUUGGAAAAGGUUUUAUCUAGGGAAUGGCAUCAGUCAAUUUACGCGAAGGUUUAACCUUCAUGUGUUCGUAAUUGCAUAUAUACGCAACAGUUGUUUUGUUUCAAAAUUUCUAUGGUUUCUGAAGGCAAUGUUCUUAGUGUUUUAAAGUUUACAUAAGGAUUUCUAGUCUGGUCUGAUGGGAAUGGUACCGGGGAGCAAAUGCUAUAAUAGUAUCAAAAGUAAUGAGUGACCUACAGUUUGCUUUUUUUCCUAUUUCUUGAUCAUGUGAUUUAAUGUUUCAUAUAUGAAAUAGUUUGGCCACAGCAGCAACUAAAAAUUGCAAGUGACUUGGUAACAAAUAAACGUAAUUGGUCCAGAAUGACAUGUGGGUCACUCCUCAGUCCUGUCUUGGUUGAUUUUGCUCCUUACUCAAGGAAAUCAGUGUCACAUCAUCACUUAUUUCUUUUGCUCUUCUGUCCCAUCCCCAGCAACAACAAACUGUGGCAUUUAAGGGAGUCUUCUGUUUAUUUGGAGCUUGCCAAGGGUAGUAUUUUCCUGUCAAACUAUUCAAGAAGGCAUUAUUUGAGAUUGCUGUUCAUUCUUGGUGUGUCUCUAAAAGAUACAGUAUGUACAUGUUUGUGUAAUUAUUGAUUAUGAGAUGCCAGCUUUAUCAAGGUACAUUUUCAAAUUUUAAGGAUGCUUAUAAGGAAAAGUAGUAAUUUUUUUAGUUCACACCUAAAGGUGAUUGCAUUUGACCUCCCAUUGCUUACCACAUUCAACCAUGCCUGUGGAGUAGCUUUGAUUGCAGAUGGUCAGCAGAAUGGCUGGUGUGCAGGAGUGCCUGUAGGUUUUAUGUAGUGUUCAAUUGGAUUCAAGAUACAGAUGUACAAAGCUGGUAACAGUUUGCAAGAUCUGACGGCUUUUCUGCUUUUCCUAAAAAUUGUGAUUAAGACUGUGAUAUCUGUCACUUUACUGUAUAGCUGACUGUGUUCUCAGGUAUUUUAUUGGUCCUUGAAAGAUUGGUCAACAUUGUGGAUCACCUGUCCUUUCCUAGACGGUGGCUCUUGUCCUGUCCUGCUGUCGGGUAGGAGAGGUAGACCUUGCAGUAUGCUAUCCAGGGAUUUGUUCUUGACAUCCUGGCUUUUUCUUGCAUUUGAAGUUUCACUGUCAUCAAAUCCAUUUAAAUCUCAGUGUUUUCAUGCCUUUGUAGUACAUGAGCUUCAGACACACAGCCCAACAUGGUAAUGAUGCAGGUGUUCAGAGCAUAAUUCGUGCAUGUUUUAAUAGUUCUAUUAGUGCUUCUUGCCAAAAAGGGUAGAAUAUAUUGUUUAAAUUUACAGGGUUAGCACAACCCCAGUGCUAAUGAACAUCUGAGUAUGUGCACAGUACUAUUGGGCCUGUUUGGUAGAGCCUACUGUAAAUUUAGCUGAUAGUUUUAUUGAGUGGCCAAGACAAAUAUUUAACUACAGUGAAGGCUUCAGUCAGCUUCCUAUAGAAGGUUGACAACUUAGUCUUAUUGAAGCUAUUUUAAGAUCUGUGAUAAGCAUCAAUAUUGCCUGACAAAGCAGAAAAUACCAAGUUUCCCUGUUUUUAGCUGCCACCAAGAAAUGUUAAAACACCAACUAGAUAUGGUGUCAUUUGCAGCUUCUGAUGUGUGCAAUGUCUCACAAUCAACAUUCUUUUAAAAUAGGAUUUAGAAUCUAUUUUGAGGCAAUAAAUUCUAUUUAAUUUAUCAGCCUUGCUUAGACCUUCAGUAGAACUAUGAGAUUCAACCUAUAGGCUUCAGUCCACACGUUCUCCUGUGCUAUAUUUUAAAUUAUUUGAAAGAAAUCUCUUGCCUAUAUCAUGAAAGCCACAUCCUUUGAAUUCAAGUACCACUGUAUGAAAAAGAAGUUGGAAUUCAAUGAGCAGAACUGAGAAGGUGCUCUUACUUUUCACUGUGCUAACUUCCCCUGAUCUCUAAAAAGUAACUCAGAUUUCAAGUUCUUUGAUGUAUUAAAUUUUCCAAAUCUUUGGUUAUGGUUUGGAAUAAAAUGUGCCUAUUUCUAUAUUGCUUUCUGGUCUUCAAUCUGAAUGCCUUCUCAUUUGUCUGAAGAAAUCUCACACAAGUGUCUUUGUUGACCUUGAAGAAAUUAUACAGAACUGCCUUAUCAAUCAGAGAAAACACAAAUUACACCUUAAUUUUUAUAAGGAAAGGGUUUUGUCAAAUGUUUUCUGAAGAGCUAAGUAAUUCAAGGCAUGCCUCUGCCACUUAAAUAUUAUUUUUAAUAGCCUGAAUUGUUGCUUCCUGCCAAAUAUUGCAUUAAGGUGAAGUCUUUGUUUCAGUUUUAUAUCUGAAUAAAAUAUCUGAAUUUUAUAUCUGAAAAGGGCACUCGAUAGCUAAUGAGCAACUGCAGCCAAAGAAGACAGUGUGGAAUGAAAGUUAUUGUUUUUGUUUCCUUUUAAGUUCCAUUGACGGAUACAUUACAUAGACAGGGUCCUCUGGUUACUCUCUAGAGGCGAGACCAUCAAUGAAAAUCUUGUUUGGUUGGUGGCCAGUGGUUGGUUUAAAGGGGAAGGAAACAGGUCAGAAGCGGUGAUGCACACCUCUAGCCUCUAAUCCCAGCAAUUCAGGAGGCUGAGGCCGAAGGAUUGUGAGUUCAAGGUCAGCCUCAGAAACUAAGCAAGGCCCUGAACAACUCAGCAGGACCCUGUCUCAAAAUAAAAAGGGCUGGGGGUGUGGUUCAAUGAUUAAGCGCCCCUGGGUUCAAUCUCCAGUACCAAAAAAACAAACGAAUAACAACAACCAAAAAGUGGAAGGAAAUAAGACCACCUAAUACUAGAAGAUAGUAGAAGUAUUGAUUAAGAUUCAACAGGAAUCUUGUGCCCUAUAAUUAAAUCUUAACUUUCAGUGUAUGCCCAAAUACUUGUAUCUUGUGCUUUUGAUAAAAUGUAUUUAUCAGCAUUAGUAUUCACAUCUGGUUAUGCCUUAUUUCUUUGAAGAGUGAAGUUAGAAACUUUUGCUAUUAUGUCCUAAAAUUCAAAUCACUAUUUGAGAAACUCUCAAAUUGGUGCUUUCAUUAUUUAAUGAUACAUUUAGACAAAACCCCAAAGGAGCCAUUUGAAACAAGAUUCUCUCCAUUUCAAUUUGUAGCAAUGUUAUUUCUGUAUAUGUAAUGAGAAGGCUAAAUAUCAGUGUUAACUCUUCAUUUCUUGUUUGAAUCAUGCAGUCAUGCCUGUAAAGCCCAAACAUUUGUAACAAAACUCCCUAAUAAAUCUAGAGAAAGUUGCUCUGUUACCUUUUCAUUUCUUUUAGUUUUACUAAAGGAACCAAGAACAAAAGUUUUGCACAUUGUCUUCCCUUGGAAGUUCAACGUGUCCUGGUCACUUGGCCUCCAUACCAUUGUUUCAGCUUGUUCAGUUCCACAAAUCAGAUGAUAUUUGUGUUGUGCUGCUUGACUGAAAAAGUACUGUUUUGUUUUUGUUUUGUUUGUUUUUUAAAUCCUAGAACACAAGUCAGCUUUUCUGUCUGGUAAAGAGAGGGGAAAGGUUAUGAGGGGGCAUGGCAGUGUCCUCCUGUUCCCGAUGAAGCAGACGCUGCAGUAUGUGCCCGCUGUGUCAUGGUACGAGGUUAGGGCUUAAUCCAUUUACACUAGAGCUUGAGUCUGUAUCUUAAACCUGAACAUCUUAAACCAGUUUUUCUCUGGCUUUUUCAAGCACCAUCAAGUAGAUUUUAGCCUUGGACUGGCACGUGAUUGUUAACAUCAUUUGAAGUACAUUGUACCACUAGCAUCCUUGUGUCUAGAUGUGAAUUUAUGGUCAGCAUUUAAAUUAAUAUGUUCGCCCUUGUGGCAUUCAGGUCUAACCAUCUGAGUUUUAAAUGCUGGAACUUAUACUGAAUGAACAUUGUUUUCUCAAAGCAUUAAUGAUAUAGCAGUAUUUUCUGGGUUGAUCAGAGAUUUUCGUGACCUAUACAAAUCUACUGUGAAUGAUGGAUAUUUACAGAUGGAUUGAAGUCUACUGGGACCCACUGGGCAUAACUUUCCUGUUGGUGAAUAUCAGUGAUAGUAAUAAACUACUUACUUGAUAUGUGAUUUGGGUUUGUAUUUAGAAAGCUUGUUUAUGAUAUUCCUUUAGUGAGUGAUGUAUUUGUCCUCAGGCAAGCCUCUUGGAUGGUACCAGGAAUCAAGGGGAGGGGGAAGGGAUUAAUUCUCAUUAAGUAUGUAUAACAAUGCAACAAACUAUGCCAUUUAUCCUUUACCUCUUACUUGAAAGCAGAAUCGCAAAAUGUUUUAAAAAUGGUUUUCUCUGCUACUCUAGUAUGCUGUGGAGAGCUCAUUUACCACAAGAAGCCUUAUCAAAAAGUAUAUUUUGUAACAACCUCGUAGAUACUGUACCUAACAAAACAUAAUUUGUAUUAGCUCGGAAUAAAAGUAUUUGUGGUUUAGGGUUUUUCAUUGAACUUUUUAUAACCUUCCAAGAACUAAGCACAUUAUUUGAGAUUGUUGUAAAUUUUUUUCUUUUUUCUUUUUUUCUUUUUUUUUUUGUCAGUGCUCUAGUUCAGGAUUGGCAAAUAAAUUAUUUGUGAGGAAAUCUAAAAGAGGAAAAGAUGGUUCGGUUUUUACAAAAUCAAUUGCUAUUCAUUAAGGCUUUUUACUUUUGUACAUAUUUUGCAAAAAAAAUGCCUCUUGCUAUUAAUAAUUUGCUUUGUGAAAAUUACUGACAUUUAAUAAACAUUUACAAAUGA